AUGCUUUCUCUGAAGAAAUACUUCACUGAAGGCCUCAUCCAGUUCACCAUCCUGCUCAGCCUCAUCGGGGUCCGUGUGGACGUGGACACCUACCUGAAUUCCCAGCUCCCUCCUCUGCGGGAGAUCAUCCUGGGCCAGAGCUCUGCCUACACCCAGACCCAGUUCCACAACCUGAGGAACACCUUGGAUGGCUAUGGCAUCCACCCAAAGAGCGUGGACCUGGACUAUUACUUCACCGCCCGCCGGCUGCUCAACCAGGUGAGGGCCCUGGACAGGUUCCAGGUGCCCAGCACCGAGGUCAGUGCCUGGCUGGUGCACAGGGAUCCCGAGGGAUCCGUGUCUGGGGGCCAGCCCAGCGCCGGCUCCGGCCUGCAGGAUGGCAGCGGCGCCGAGAACGGGGUGAGGGAGAGCGGAGCCGAGCAGGGAUUCGGGGAGGAACUGGAGGAUUUGGGAGCCGUGGCCGCGCCGGCGAACGGAGACCUCACCAAGGAGGACAUCGAUUUGAUUGACAUCCUGUGGAGACAGGAUAUUGAUCUCGGCGCUGGGCGAGAGAUUUUUGACUACAGCCACCGGCAGAAAGAGAGCGAAGUGGACAAAGAGCUGAGCGAUGGGAGGGAGCGCGGGGACAGCUGGAGGAGUGCAGGGAAUGAGGUCUUGGAUAGAAACCUGCUAGUUGAUGGAGAGACCGGGGAGAGUUUCCCUGCGCAGGUGCCCGGUGCGGAGGAUCAGACAGCCCUGUCCCUGGAGGAGUGCCUUAGGCUGCUGGAGGCCACCUUCCCUUUCGGGGAGAACUCGGAGUUCCCAGCUGCGGAUGUCUCCGCCCUGAGCGAAGCCGUCCCCGGGCAGAGCCGGGCCCCGGGCGGCCCCCCCACCCUGCUGUCCCCCCUCCUGGCCGAGAACGAGUCGCCCUUCGACCUGGAGCAGCAGUGGCAGGACCUCAUGUCCAUCAUGGAGAUGCAGGCCAUGGAAGUGAACUCCACGACGGGCGAGAGCCUGUUCGGCGGCACCGGCGGGGACCUCCUGGCGUCCAACUACAGCCUGGCCCCCGGCACCCCCAUCAACCAGAACGUGAGCCUGCAUCAGGCCUCGCUGGGCAGCUGCUCCCAGGACUUCUCCCUCUUCAGCUCCGAGAUCGAGAGCCCCUCCAUGGCGGGCGGCUCGGCCCUGCUGCAGCUGACGCCGGACAACUCCACCGGCCUCAACAGCACCUUCGGCUCCACCAACCUGAGCGGGAUCUUCUUCCCGCCCCAGAUGAACAGCACGGGCAACGAGACGGCCGGGCCCGAGCUGCCCGACCCGCUGGGAGGGCUCCUGGACGAGGCCAUGCUGGAUGAGAUCAGCCUCAUGGACCUGGCCAUCGAGGAGGGCUUCAACCCCGUGCAGGCCUCGCAGCUGGAAGAGGAGUUCGACUCCGACUCAGGUCUUUCCCUGGAUUCUGGCCACAGCCCCGCUUCUCUGAGCAGCUCGGAAGCCUCGUCCUCCUCGUCCUCUUCCUCCUCGUCCUCGUCCUCCUCCUCGUUUUCCGAGGAAGGGGCCGUGGGCUACAGCUCCGACUCGGAGAACGUGGACUUCGAGGAAGCGGAAGGGGCGGUGGGAUACCAGCCGGAGUACAGCAAGUUCUGCCGCAUGAGCUACCAGGACCCGGCCCAGCUCCAUUACCUGCCUUACCUGGAGCACGUUGGCCACAACCACACCUACAACAUGGCCCCGGGGGCCCUGGAUCCCGAGGAGCCCAAACUGCCCGGCGGCGGCAAGAAGAGCGGCGGCCCCAAGGAGAAACCGUCCGAGUUCCUGGACAAGCAGAUGAGCAGGGACGAGCACCGAGCCAGGGCCAUGAAGAUCCCCUUCACCAACGACAAGAUCAUCAACCUGCCCGUGGAGGAGUUCAACGAGCUCCUGUCCAAGUACCAGCUCAGCGAGGCCCAGCUCAGCCUCAUCCGCGACAUCCGCCGGCGCGGCAAGAACAAGAUGGCGGCGCAGAACUGCCGCAAGAGGAAGCUGGACACCAUCCUCAACCUGGAACGGGACGUGGAGGACCUGCAGCGCGACAAGUCCAAACUGCUCAGGGAGAAGGUGGAGUUCCUCAAGUCCAUCCGGCAGAUGAAGCAGAAGGUGCAGAGCCUGUACCAGGAGGUGUUCGGGCGGCUGCGGGACGAGCAGGGGCGGCCCUACUCGCCCAGCCAGUACGCGCUGCAGUACGGCAGCGACGGCUCCGUCCUGCUCAUCCCCCGCGGCCCCGCCGAGCCCCAGCCCCGGCGCCAGGACCGCAAGCAGAAGGACCGCAGGAAGUGAGGGAGGGGCCAGGGGAGAGAAGCAGGAGCGGGGACGCUUCGCCACGAGGGGAGAGAGAGGGAGAGAGAGAACUGGAGAAGGGCUGAGCCUGGAAGUAACUUUUAGAGGAACUUUCAUGCCUUCUUAUCCGAUAUAUCUUCUCAACCACGCA